AUGUCUUACCUAUCGCUCAUGGGACUUUUGGUUUUUCUGACUGUCUCUGUGUGGUCCCAGGAUACUAAGCCAGUUCGGGAUAAUUCAUCAAGUUCAGUACCAGUUCACAAGGACCUUGUUGAAACUAUUCCAAGUGGCAUUCUCCAUAACAAAACCAAUGCUAUAGUCCAUAGCAAUGACCACAAAGUGGACCUUCAAAAGCCCUUCUUCCUUAAGUGGUAUCCCGGUACAAAUUCCCAGAAGCGAAUCAAACUUACUCCCUUCGAGAGGCGAGUGGUGCGUGUUCUCAGGAAAUUGGGCUUACUGAACGAGUACAAUACGGCCGAAAAAGUGGUGGAGCAGCUCCGCAAGGACAAGGAUCUGUUGCGAAAGCUGAAGAAAUUACUAGACGAGGUUGAUGAGGAGGACGAGUCCGAUGAUUUCUUCACAGCCUUUUGGGAUCUGUUUCAUUGA